AGCGAGGCUGCUGUGGUCUACACGACUCUCUGAGCUUCGCCAUGCCUCCCAAAGACGACAAGAAGAAGAAAGAUGCCGGAAAGUCGGCCAAAAAGGAUAAAGACCCAGUAAAUAAAUCUGGUGGCAAGGCCAAGAAGAAGAAGUGGUCCAAAGGCAAAGUUCGGGACAAGUUGAACAAUCUUGUCCUGUUCGACAAAGCGACAUACGACAAGCUCUGUAAGGAGGUUCCGAACUAUAAGCUUAUUACUCCAGCCGUGGUCUCUGAGAGACUGAAGAUUCGCGGUUCCUUGGCCAGGGCAGCCCUUCAGGAGCUCCUUAGUAAAGGACUUAUCAAGCUGGUUUCAAAGCACAGAGCCCAAGUAAUUUACACCAGAAACACAAAGGGUGGGGACGCUCCAGCUGCUGGCGAAGAUGCAUGAACAGGUUCAAUCAGCUGUACAUUUGGAAAAAUAAAACUUUAUUGAAUCAAAUGAAUGGGUGCAUCUGUUUCCUAAGGCAGCCGGGGAGGAUUUGGUCUUAGGAAUAAUAGCUGGAAUUGGUUUGUUGGCCAUGAAGUCAGAUGCAAUUGCGCCUGGGAACCUUCAGCUUUUCCCUUUACGUGGUUGCUUGCUUCUUGUUGCAGCUUCGGUUUUGAAUUGAUGCCUGAAAGAAAAUAAAAACUUAGCAAGACUAAUGGUAAAUCUA